AAAUUUAAUAUGCAAGCAAUUUGAAACGACAACAACCACAAUAACAACCAACAACCAAUAAAAUAAUUACAACAAUUCAACAACACAAGCAACAACAACAACACGGAUCAAUACCAAAGAUGGAGGCAAAAUUCUUGGCUAGCGCUCUUUCAUUCCUCUCGAUAUUUUUAGCGGUUCAUGCUCAAUCAUUUGGGCCAGAUUCCUUGGUGCCAAAUUAUGACCAUGUAGAGCGUCAACUCAAAUUUUACGAUAUUCGAACGCCGCUUGUGCUCAGCUGCAAUGUGAAAAAUGUGGAGUCCGAUGAUCCACUCAUAUGGAAAAAGGGCGGCGUCAAUGUGACGGAUGUCCCCUCACUGAGAGGUCGAUUUAAACUUAUUCAUGCCGAAAGAAAGUUCAUAAUUGACAGAGCGGAAGCUCACGACGAUGGUGACUACAGUUGUGAGUUCAAGGGCGUGUCCAAAGAUAUUCACGUGAUUGCUCGCGUGGUCGUACGAGUGCCUUCAAAUGCUGGUGUUGUAGAGGGUGAAAAAAUGAUGAUCCCCUGCACAGUUCUUGGUAGCAAUCCUAGAUUGUCAUGGAGUUUUGGCAAUUACACAAAUGUCACAAAUAGCACAGAUCGUUAUAUAUUGAAAGCGGAUGAUAAUAAAAUUGAGAAUGCAAUUUUAAUGAUUGAGAACGUGACAUUGGAUGAUAGAGGCGAUUACAAAUGCCAUGGACGCAAUGAGGCCAAUGAUUAUGCCAAUAGCACCGUUGCCACCGAUGUUGUAACCGUUCGUGUUAAGGGCAAAUUUGCUGCCUUGUGGCCUUUCCUUGGCAUUUGUGCUGAGGUUUUGAUACUUUGUUUGAUCAUUCUCAUCUAUGAGAAGAGACGCAAUAAGAGCGAGCUGGAAGAGAGUGAUACUGAUCCGCAAGAACAGUAAGUUGCCAACAACAACAACACCAAGAAAAACCCAACAACAACAACAACAACAACAUGAAAUCAACAAACAACAGCAACAAGCAGUCCACAACAAACAACACCAAAUAUUUUGUAACAAUUUGAAAUGCAGCAGCAAAUUUACAUUUUAGUUAAUAAACUGCAAAUUAAAGACGUUUGAAGCUGCAUA